UCUGUUUCGUCCGCCCUGCCAUUCUGGUCUGUGUUUGAGACGUUGUCUCCCAUAUAUUUUUUGUUCUACUUGCAGCGGCUGCAACGUGACGCGCGCUUUAAACCGCCCCAAAACGCACCACCAAAACCAAAACCACCGCCAACAACAACAACAACAACAAAAGCAACACCAAGGAGAACUGCAAAGAUUUUAUUUUGUGAUGCUGCUCUGCCAAAACCUGUUCUAAGUUGCCCACUGUGCGUGCGUGCAUGCGUGUGUGUAUGUGUGUGUCUCCACUGCGAUUGUUCAUGUGUAUGUUGGUCCGUAUGCAAAUUUCUGAGACGCCGACGUCGACGCCGCUGCCACCUGGCAGCUGAUUUUGCUUCUGCCAUAAGGAAUCCAACGCGACACUUACACAUGCACAUACACAGUACAGCGCCCAUUCAUGCAAGUACAGCUGCUGGUGACAAAAACAUCAAGCAGUGAGAUAAUACAGCCCAGAAAGCAGUUGGCAAAGCGUCACUCAAGCAGUGGAUGAGAUCAAGAGCAGUAGAAGGAGGAGGAACACCUAAGCAGCACCUAAGGAGAAGGAGCGUGGCGAGAAAACCAUAAUCAAUCAACGGAAUUCGGUUUGAUAUGCAUCGAACGCUGAGCAGUUACAAGAAAAGGAACAAGAACCGAUUGAAAGAAACGCUUGCGUAACAUCCUUUGUUUUUCGCUCACUUGCCAACACUGCCCGACCCCGAAGCGGGGAAUACAGCGAAUCCCAGCAAAAAGGACACCCUUCCUUCUUCGAUUACCACAUAACCAGGCAGCCAGGCAGCCAGCCCGCCCCCUUUCAAAUUUGAGAUCCAAACUGUGGCAAGAUGUAUAAGCUAUUGGGUAGCCUGAAGAGCUACCUCAAAUGGCAGGACAUCCAGACGGACAACGCCGUCUUCCGGCUGCACAACUCAUUCACCACGGUGCUCCUGCUCACCUGCAGCCUGAUCAUCACCGCCACCCAGUACGUGGGCCAGCCGAUCAGCUGCAUCGUGAACGGUGUGCCCCCGCAUGUGGUGAACACGUUCUGCUGGAUCCACAGCACGUUCACCAUGCCGGAUGCGUUUCGCAGACAGGUUGGUCGCGAGGUGGCCCAUCCCGGUGUGUCCAAUGAUUUCGGAGACGAGGAUGCCAAGAAAUACUAUACCUACUACCAGUGGGUAUGCUUUGUGCUCUUCUUUCAGGCCAUGGCCUGUUAUACGCCCAAAUUCCUGUGGAACAAAUUCGAGGGCGGCCUGAUGCGCAUGAUCGUGAUGGGCCUGAACAUCACGAUCUGCACCCGCGAGGAGAAGGAGGCCAAGCGGGAUGCCCUGCUCGACUAUCUGAUUAAGCACGUCAAGCGCCACAAGCUGUACGCAAUCAGAUAUUGGGCCUGUGAGGUGCUCUGCUGCGUGAACAUCGUGGUGCAGAUGUAUCUGAUGAAUCGGUUCUUUGACGGCGAGUUCCUCUCGUACGGCACGAACAUAAUGCAGCUGUCGGAUGUGCCACAGGAGCAGCGCAUCGAUCCGAUGGUGUUUGUGUUUCCCCGUGUGACCAAGUGCACAUUCCACAAAUACGGUGCCUCCGGGUCGCUGCAGAAGCACGACUCCCUCUGCAUCCUGCCCCUGAAUAUCGUCAACGAGAAGACAUAUGUGUUCAUCUGGUUCUGGUUUUGGAUUCUGCUCGUCCUGCUGCUCGGCCUGAUGGUCUUCCGCGCCUGCAUCAUCUUUAUGCCCAAGUUCCGGCCGCGCCUGCUGAAUGCCCGCAACCGGAUGAUACCCAUGGAGAUUUGUCGCUCGCUGUCCCGGAAGCUGGACAUUGGCGACUGGUGGCUCAUCUACAUGCUGGGCCGCAAUCUCGAUCCCGUCAUCUACAAGGAUGUGAUGAGCGAGUUUGCCAAGCAGGUGGAGCCAGCCAAGCACGAUCGUGCCAAGUAAAUUGACAGCAGCAUCAGCAGCAGCAGUCUCUUCCCUUCCCCCCUGGACACCCUUUUCGCGGAAUACCCCUGCAGAAUCCGCCUCUGAUUCUGAUUCCCCCUUUGGACUAUUAAUUUUAUUUAGCGCAAAUCAUUUUAAUUAGUGGAAGCCCCAGAGAACCGAACCCAGGCACCUAUCCACCACACCCACACACCUCUCUCUCUCACUGUUCUCUCCAGUUCUGUGAUUAUGCUGAAACUCUCCCCUACGCUACCCUAGCCCCGCCCUACUCUCCUCCCCUUGGGGUCACUAUCGUACUACGUCUUAUAAUCAAUGAUCACAACUCAAAUCGAAUCGCUUGGCAAAAAACAGAAAAAAAGAACGACAAUCUUUUUUUUGUUUGGCUUCAUUAUUUUUUUGUAUUUUUUGCUUUUUCCCCAACGAAAGAUGAGAUUUUGCCCUCGGAAAUGCAUGUGUUUUUUCUGCAAACAAAAUCAUUUUUUUUCCUAAUUUUUAAACAACUAAUUUAAUACCUAGCUUUUAUUUAUAAUUAGAAACUAUAAAAACAAGCAAUGAAAAAUCCCCAUAAAAAAAAAACAAGAACAAAAUCGGUAAAAAUUCGAUAUUUUUGCAUGAAAUUGAGAAUUGUUUAAACGCUUCGCAGCCAACAAAAU